CUGUUUAUCCAGCAAUUCUAAGUAAAUCAGUGGUGCCUACAGGGGCUGGUUGCCAUAGUUACGAUAGGACUUGAAGGACCAUCAUUUGGUGCUGGCUCCAGCCAAUCAGGUUGAGGAGCCAAAGCUGCAGUAUCAAGUCAAGAUUGCCAUCUUCCAGCCACCCAGUUGCCACGAAAGGGAAAGAGGGUUCCUGGAGUGUUGGGAAAGUGCUCCGGACAGCCUCUGUCAUGGCGGACGGCGAGAAACCCAGCAGGAGGGCAGCACUGCGCAGACAGCAGGAGGAAGCAGGAGAAACACCUGGAGCGGCCCUCAGAUGGUGGGAAGGCACCCUCAAGCAGCCUCAGGAGAUGUGCAGCAGGCCAGACGCGUGUGUUCCUACUAGAGCUGUGCCUGGAGGCCCACUGAGACCGUUCUGCUCUUGCUGCUGUGCCCGCUGGUGCCAUCAAGAUGAGUGUUCAGGGCCAGGAUUUCCCUCUGGAUCUCGGGGGAAGCUUCACCGAGGAUGCCCCGAGGCCUCCAGUCCCUGGUGAGGAAGGGGAACUGGUUUCCACUGAUCUGCGGCCCAUCAGCCAUGGUUUUUAUUCUGGGAAGUGUGAUGUCAAACCAGAGACUUCCACAGCCACUCCAAGGCGUUCCGACCUGGACCUGGGCUAUGAGCCGGAGGGGAGUGCUUCUCCCACGCCUCCCUACCUGAGAUGGGCAGAGUCUUUGCACUCCUUGCUGGACGACCAAGAUGGGAUAAAUCUGUUCAGGACCUUCCUGAAACAGGAGGAGUGUUCAGACUUGCUGGACUUCUGGUUUGCUUGCACUGGAUUCCGGAAGCUGGAGCCGUGCAACGCCAACGAGGAGAAACGGCUGAAGCUGGCAAAAGCCAUUUACAAAAAGUACAUCCUGGACAAUAACGGGAUUGUCUCACGGCAGAUCAAACCAGCCACCAAAAGCUUCAUCAAAGAUUGUGUCGUGAAGCAGCUGAUUGAUCCGGCCAUGUUUGACCAGGCCCAGACGGAGAUUCAGUCCAUGAUCGAGGAGAAUACCUACCCACUCUUUCUGAAGUCGGAUAUUUAUUUGGCGUAUACAAGGACGGGUGGGGAGAGCCCCAAGGUUUACAGUGAUCAGAGCUCAGGUUCUGGGACGGGGAAGUGCAUGCCGGGCUAUUUGCCUACCCUCAACGAGGACGAGGAGUGGAAAUGUGACCAAGAUGUUGAGGAGGAAGCCGCCCGGGACUCGGCCCCCGCCAGCAGGCUCACCCAGAAGCUCCUGCUGGAGACUGCCACCCAGCGGGCCACGACCUCCCGGCGAUUCAGUGAAGGAAGGGAGUUCAGGCCUGGAUCCUGGAGGGAGCCCGUGAAUCCCUACUACGUCAACUCGGGCUAUGCCAUGGCCCCCGCCACCAGCGCCAACGACAGCGAGCAGCACAGUAUGUCCAGCGAUGCAGACACCAUGUCGCUGACGGACAGCAGCGUAGAUGGGAUCCCACCGUACCGGCUCCGGAAGCAGCAUCGCCGAGAGAUGCAGGAGAGUGCCAAAGCCAACGGACGCGUGCCACUACCUCACAUUCCUCGUACUUACCGAAUGCCAAAGGAUAUCCACGUUGAACCACAGAAAUUUGCUGCUGAGCUGAUCAAUCGCCUGGAGGAAGUCCUGCGGGACCGGGAAGCAGAAGCCAAAUUGGAGGAGCGCCUGAAGCGGGUCAGAGCGGAGGAAGAAGGUGAAGACGCGGACCUCUCCUCGGGGCCCCCCUCCCUCGUGACCCACAAGCUGCCCCCGCUCCAGGUCCUGCCCCACUUUGCCCCCCGCUACGCCGAGAUGCAGCUGCGGGACGCGCACGAGGAGAACCCCGAGAGCAUCCUGGACGAGCACGUCCAGCGGGUCAUGAAGACGCCGGGCUGCCAGUCUCCGGGCCCCGGCCGCCACUCCCCCAAGCCCCGCUCGCCGGACAGUGGCCUCCCCGGCAAGCUGCACGGCCUGAUGGGGACGCUGCCGCUGGGGCACAGCAAGCACGCCCCCAAGUCGGGGCUGAAGGCGGAGGGGCCUGGCCUCUACCACCACAAGCACGUCUACCACCACAUGGUCCACCACCACGGCGCCCCCAAGCCCAAAGAGCAGCUCGAGGCGGAAGCCAGCCAGCGCGCCCAGGGCGCCUUCCCCUGGGGCUUGGAGUCUCACAGCUACGCAGCCAAGGCCCGGGCCUAUGGGGAGAGCCUGGGCCCGGCAGGCCCUCUGGACCCCUCGGGCUACAGUGGGAAAGCUGGCCUGCUCUCCAAGAGGAACCUCAAGAAAGUGGACUCGGGGAAGGGCGAGGGCACCGGCUACGAGGUGCCGGGCUCUCCGGAAGACGUGGAGAGGAACCAGAAGAUCAUGCAGUGGAUCAUCGAAGGCGAGAAGGAGCUCGGCAGGCACAAGAAGACAAACCACAGCUCUUUGGGCGCCAAGAAGCAGGCGGCUCACGACCUGCUCCGCCCGGCCUCCGUGGAGCGCCCGGUGGCCAUGCACCCUUGGGUCAGCGCCCAGCUGCGGAACGUGGUGCAGCCCUCGCACCCCUUCAUCCAGGACCCCACCAUGCCCCCCAACCCGGCUCCCAACCCACUGACCCAGUUGGAGGAAGCGCGGCGGCGGCUGGAGGAAGAGGAGAAGAGGACGGGGAAGCUGCCGGCCAAACAGCGGUAUGUGCAAGAGGUGAUCCAGCGGGGUCGCUCUUCUCUCAGGCCAGCUUGUGUGCCGGUGCUGAAUGUGGUCCCCGCCGUCUCCGACCUGGACCUCUCCGAGGCCGCGAUGAAGCCACAGAAGAGGCCCGGUGGAGGCGGCACCUCCCAGCCCUGCGAAAACAUCGUCGUGGCUUACUACUUCUGCGGGGAGCCCAUCCCCUACCGCACCCUGGUCAAGGGCCGCGUGGUCACCCUGGGCCAGUUCAAGGAGCUGCUCACCAAGAAAGGGAACUACAGGUAUUACUUUAAGAAGGUCAGCGAUGAGUUUGACUGCGGAGUGGUGUUUGAAGAGGUGCGCGAGGAGGAGGCCGUCCUGCCCAUCUUUGAAGAGAAGAUCAUUGGGAAGGUGGAGAAGAUCGACUAGCCCCGAGGAGCCCGCCGAUGAGGGGAGCGGAGAAGGGGGGUGGCAGUGGGGUGGGGGCGUGGCUGGGGUCACCAGCAUGGGGACUGUGGUCCCCGCCUGUGGGGCAGCCAGAGCCCCCCUCAGGGCCACAUGAGUACCUUUCCCCCAGUUGCAGGGGCCGGGGGGCAGCAGCAGUGUGCAGAAAGCAGCCGGAGCUGCGUCUUGUAAGAAUUCUUUGUCGUUGGCAGGAACUCUUGGCCAUGACUCAGUCCUCUGAAGGGCAGAGCAGAGUCCCUUUCUCUCCCCCCCCACCCCCCACCGCAGGGUGUUGGAAGUGGCCAAAAGGGCCCGGCCAUCUUUGGGGCAGGGUGGGGCCCUGGCAGCUAAACGGUUUGGAGCCUUAAGGGGCGAGGGACUCUGGAGGGCCUCUUGAGACUUGCCCCUCUUGCCUUGAUCUGUGGAGGGUGCCGGGGGGGGGGACGGCCGGGCACGGCUUGAUGUGAUCCCUCCAGGCCGGGAAUGCCUCCUGGUCCCUCAGUCUGCCUUGACUCGAGGCCUCCCCUCUGCUUGUAGCAGGGGGAAGAGAGCAGGCGGGCUGGCAGGGUGUCCUCGCUUUGAAGCGGGGCGGUGCCAGCAAGCUUUGGACAGGCUGUGCCUCCUCCUCCUCCUCCCUUGGUCCCCUCCUGCUCUGCCCACAUCUGCACACACUCCUUCGGGUCUCUCUCCACUCCUUGCCACUCAUAGGUGACUCCCUGACCCUCAUGGACCUGUGUAUGUUUGACAGCGAGGUUGGCCUCUUUCUGUCUCGAAGAUGGUGGUGCUGAGAGCAAGAUCGGUGGCCUCUUCCUCCUGGCACUGGCCUCUCUCCCCAGGGCCGGCCGACCUGCCUUCCUUUCUCCCCGCCUCCCGCAACCCUCCCCCAGCUCUGUUCUUCCGGCUGCCGCCGCCGCUGCUCCUCUGGGCACCUGACCUCGUCAGCAUGUGAGUGGGCGGAAGGUGUCCCUGGCCCGGGGCAGGGCCGUCCAGGCCGCUCCCGCCCCCCGUGCCGCUCUUUGCCAACGUCACCGAGUGCCUUCGAACCCAGUUCUGUCCCCCUCCUCCAGGUUAGCGCACGGCUCCCUCCCCGGCUUGUGUUCCACAUCGGAUGGGAUUUUAAAGGUGUAUUACCCGACUGUGGCGGGUCUUUCAUUUUUCCCUUUUUUUCUGAAGGGUUACAUUGUAAAUAUGUACAUUUUCUAAACAAAGCAUCAGCGACCAGCGGUUGGGCCGACGGCUGGCGUCUCCUGAACAUUUUUCACAUGCUGACUUGUACAAUUUAUCUUUUAAAAGGUACUUGGAUAAUAAUGGAAUAAAACUCCAUGUUCCAAUGA